AUGGUUCCCUGUAACAUCAGCCUUGAUCCAACACCACUUCCACUUCUAGCAUCACCACUUGAACCACCUUUAGUAGCAUCAAAGAUGAUGAAGUGGGCCUUGUCAUGGGUGACUGUGCUGGCAACAAUGACCCAAAACUUGUUAAUAUCUGGUGACCACAAAGCCAAUGUUGCAAUGGCAGGCAAUGACGAUGAAGGUGUUGUGAUGGCUGCAAAUGGCGAUUGA